CUAAGGACCGGCAGCUGAUACAGGACCGUAUUAAAGAGCUUCGUGAGCUUGUACCGAAUGGGGCAAAGUGUAGCAUUGAUGGUUUGUUGGAGAAGACAGUUAAGCACAUGCUUUUCUUACAAAGUGUGACGAAAAAUGCAGACAAGCUCAAGGACUCUACUGAGUCUAAGAUACUUGGUAGCGAAAAUGGCCCCCUUUGGAAAGACUACUUCGAAGGUGGGGCUACCUGGGCUUUUGAUGUCGGCUCUCAGUCUAUGACAUGUCCGAUCAUUGUCGAGGAUCUUGACCGACCUCGUCAAAUGCUUGUGGAGAUGCUCUGCGAGGAUAGAGGAAUCUUCUUGGAGAUAGCUGAUUUCAUCAAAGGACUUGGACUGACUAUCUUGAGGGGUGUGAUGGAAACACGCAAAAGUAAAAUCUGGGCACGAUUCACUGUUGAGGUAAUACAGCUAAAUUUGAAAAUUAGUAUCCUUUCAGUUCAAAAUCUGAAGCAAUAAAACAGUAACCAGAAUGAGAAACCAAAGUAACGAGAUGAUGCUGAUGAAUACUAUUUUCUGUGGAUUUACGUUGCUUGCCGAUUUCACUACCGAUUGAGGCUGUUUCAUGCAGGCGAACCGGGACGUAACCAGAAUGGAGAUAUUCCUAUCGCUUGUGCGCUUAUUGGAGCCAAAUUGUGACGGCAGUGGAGCGGCGGACAACACUAACAACAUGAACAUGCAUCUUGGUUUGGUGCACCAACCUGUCAUCCCAGCAACAGGUCUCAUCCAAUGAGAUUAAGACUAAGAGGAAACCCUCAAGCAUCUUCCAAGUGCUAAGAGCAGGAGGAGCUCAGCUAACUCCUGCCAUGACUAGCAUCACCAAUACGCCAUGCAGUGCACCACCUGCUUUCCCGAGACACCUUAAUCUGUGCAAAAGUGACGUCCUUCUUGAGACCAGGUCGCAGAAAUGGAAGAAGGAAAACAACGCAAGAGUGAUCAUCAGGCAGUGUUUUGUUCGUAUGAUCUUUAGAUUGUUUGUUAGUUAGCGCUGUUUGGUCGUAUAUUAGUGGUUUUUUUUGGGUACUGUUAUCCAGAAUGGAAGUUCUUGGGUUGGUUUAUUUCACACACACAAAAAGAUGGAAUGCCACCUUUGUUAUAAGUCUCUUCACAUUAGAACCAGUGAGCAUAGCUAGUGAAAAAUUGUUUGAGAAGACUCUUGAGUCAUUGCUCUGAUCAGAUUAUUUGUUAUUACUCACUGCUGCUGCCUGCCAACAUCCAGAAGUAGAUCACUGGAUUCUAGCUGAAGCCACAAUGUCAUCCAGCAGCACAUGGUGCUGCCAAUGAGUUGCAAUGUGAUAUGUUUACUUUAAGC